AUGCAGUGGAAGACGCACCUAUGCAGUGGAAGACGCACCUAUGCAGUGGUAGACGCACCUAUGCAGUGUGGAAGACGCACCUAUGCAGUGGUAGACGCACCUAUGCAGUUGCUAUUUAGUCGGCUCAAGAGUCGCCUUGCUGGCACUGCUGGCACUGAUGGCAACGCACCUAUGCAGUGGCCCUGCUGGCAACGCACCUAUGCAGUGGCACUGCUGGCAACGCACCUAUGCAGUGGCACUGCUGGCAACGCACCUAUGCAGUGGCACUGCUGGCAACGCACCUAUGCAGUGGCACUGCUGGCAACGCACCUAUGCAGUGGCCCUGCUGGCAACGCACCUAUGCAGUGGCACUGCUGGCAACGCACCUAUGCAGUGGCACUGCUGGGAACGCACCUAUGCAGUGCCACUGCUGGCAACACACCUAUGCAGUGGCACUGCUGGCAACGCACCUAUGCAGUGGCACUGCUGGCAACGCACCUAUGCAGUGGCACUGCUGGCAACGCACCUAUGCAGUGGCACUGCUGGCAACGCACCUAUGCAGUGGCACUGCUGGCAACGCACCUAUGCAGUGGCACUGCUGGCAACGCACCUAUGCAGUGGCCCUGCUGGCAACGCACCUAUGCAGUGGCACUGCUGGCAACGCACCUAUGCAGUGGCACUGCUGGGAACGCACCUAUGCAGUGCCACUGCUGGCAACACACCUAUGCAGUGGCACUGCUGGCAACGCACCUAUGCAGUGGCACUGCUGGCAACGCACCUAUGCAGUGGCACUGCUGGCAACGCACCUAUGCAGUGGCACUGCUGGCAACGCACCUAUGCAGUGGCACUGCUGGCAACGCACCUAUGCAGUGGCACUGCUGGCAACGCACCUAUGCAGUGGCACUGCUGGCAACGCACCUAUGCAGUGGCACUGCUGGCAACGCACCUAUGCAGUGGCACUGCUGGCAACGCACCUAUGCAGUGGCACUGCUGACAACGCACCUAUGCAGUGGCACUGCUGGCAACGCACCUAUGCAGUGGUAG